AUGUUCUAAGUUUCAAAGCUUUUAAGCUCUUAAAAUUCUCUUUAUUAUUUCCCAAUAACUCAUAUCUCUCUCUACAAAAUGUUUGGAAUUGAAGAAGUUAUUGAUGAACUAAAUGGAGAAGAAGCUGAUAAUGCUAAGGAAAGGCAUAGAUUAUUGCCACCAGGCUUUAGGUUUCACCCUACUGAUGAAGAACUCAUUGCCUUUUAUCUUGCUUCAAAGGUCUUUAAACCUUCAAAUUUUCAUGGUGUCAAUAUUGCUGAAGUUGACCUCAAUAGAUGUGAGCCUUGGGAGCUUCCAGAUGAGGCAAAGAUGGGAGAGAAAGAAUGGUAUUUCUUCAGCUUAAGAGUGAGGAAGUAUCCGACAGGAUUAAGAACCAACAGAGCCACAGUGGCUGGUUACUGGAAAGCCACAGGGAAAGACAGGCAAAUUCACAGUAGUUCCAAUGGAGUGAAGCUUGGAACAAAGAAAACUCUCGUGUUCUACAAAGGAGGAGCUCCAAGAGGCACUAAAACCAAGUGGGUUAUGCAUGAAUAUCGUCUCCACUCUGAUCUUGCUUCCCCUAAUGCCUGCAAGGAUGAAUGGGUUCUAUGCAGAAUAAUUCACAAAUCAGGAGAGAAGACAAAACCAAGAUCCUUCCAACAACAACAAACAUGUCACCAAGAAUCAUCUCCCUUGUCGGUCCCCUCUCCCAUUUCUCCGCCGCCAUUACUACUCGACACAUCUCAAACCAUAGACCAUAACAACAUCCGCCUCCAAGCAGCUCUACACAACCUUCACCGCCAUGAAAAUGGCCUCGACAGCUUCAACAUGAACAACCCACAUUUCAUGUUCCAACCAAACCCCUUUCCAUUUGGCUUAAAUCUCGACACCCAUUUCUGCCCGCCGUCAAUUCAGGGGACCAACACCGACUUUCAUGGCCAUUUUAACCCACAGUUGUUGUUCGAAGGCGGCGGAGGAGGUAGUCGGGAGGCGUCGAGCUUUGCUGUGGAUGGUGGCGCGUUGGUUGAUGUGGCUGCUUAUGCUGGUGGUCGUGGUGAGUUGGAUGAGAAUUGGAGCGGAGGGAGGUGAUGAGAUGUUUGCGUUAGAUUAUAAUUGUUAUUCUCCACCUGUAUGGAUAUGGAACGAUACAACCACGAAAUGUUUACGAAAUGGUUAGGAUAUGGAACGAUAUUUGUACGGAUCCCCAAGCAUUUUUGCUUCGUGGUGUUGGAUGAU